AUGAUCCCCCUGAAGGCCCAGGGACCAGACCCCUGGCAGGAGAACCAGCGAGGCCGCCAUCCCCCUAAGAAAAGCAGACCGCCUCUAAGGGGUCGCCCGGGGCCAUCGCCCAGGGGCGGCCACGCUUCCCGCACAGACCCCGCCCCCUCCCAGCAGGGGCGCUCGGCACGUCGCCGUGACGUCAUCCGCGGCCGCCGCUACCUACAAUGGCCGAGACGUCGGCGGAGUCUGCCUCUCGCCGUGCAGCUGCCCCGCCCGGGACCGGCUAGGAGGGAGCGGGAAGAGCCGGGCAGGCCAGUGGGCGGGAGGCGAGGGAGGCCCGAUGUCGGGAGGUCAAGCGAGUCUCCCGAGCGGCCCGCGGUGGACGAAAGCGCCGGCCGAGAUGCGAAGGCGCCGAGCGGGGCUGGUAACCGGAGAAUGGCUUCUCUGGCAACGGUCGACGCGCCCCUUCCAGCGGCCGCCCGCGCAGCUGAUUGGCCCGGGCUCGGGGACCCUAACGCGCCGCUGGCUGCUAUUGGCGGGACUGGGAGCAUGGGCAAAGAGGGACCUGUCUGCAUACUGAAGUUUGUGGCAUUACUGCUUACGCUAAGCCCAGAACUCCUAUUCCUGGGAGCCGAAGUCCAGCUUCAAGAUAAUGGGUAUGACGGCUUACUUGUUGCAAUUAAUCCUCGGGUACCUGAGAAUCAAGACCUUAUCCCAAGCAUUAAGGAAAUGAUAACUGAAGCUUCUUUUUACUUAUUCAAUGCUACCAAGAGAAGAGUGUUUUUCAGAAAUAUACAGAUUUUAAUACCUGCCACCUGGAAAGCUCAGAAUUAUAGCAAAGCAAAACAAGAGUCAUAUGAAAAGGCAAAUGUCAUUGUGACUGAGUGGAAUGGGGUACAUGGAGAUGACCCAUACACCCUACAACAUAGAGAGUGUGGAAAAGAGGGAAAAUACAUUCAUUUCACCCCUAACUUCCUACUGAGUGAUGACUUAACAGCUGGAUAUGGAUCACGAGGCAGGGCGUUCGUCCAUGAAUGGGCCCAUCUCCGCUGGGGUGUGUUUGAUGAAUAUAACUAUGACAAACCUUUCUACAUGAAUGGACAAAAUCAAAUUCAAGUAACAAGGUGUUCUUCCAACAUCACAGGUGUUUUCAUGUGUGAAAAGGGUCCUUGCCCCCAAGAAAACUGUAUCAUUAGCAAGCUUUUGAAAGAAGGAUGCAUAUUUAUCUACAACAGCACCCAAAAGGCAACUGGCUCAAUAAUGUUCAUGCAAAGCUUAUCCUCUGUGGUGGAAUUCUGUAAUGCAAGUACCCACAACCAGGAAGCUCCAAACCUUCAGAACCGGAUGUGCAGCCUCCGAAGUACCUGGGAUGUCAUCAGAGACUCCCCUGACUUUAACCACAGGCUCCCCAUCAAGGGGGUUGAGCUCCCACCUCCUCCCAUAUUCUCCCUCAUUCAGCCUGGAGACAAAGUAGUCUGUCUGGUCCUGGAUGUGUCCAGCCAGAUGACACAGGCUGACAGACUCCUUCAACUGCAACAAGCAGCUGAAUUUUACUUAAUGGACAUUGUUGAACUUCAUACCUUUGUGGGCAUUGUAAGUUUUAAUAGUAAAGGAGAAAUCAGAGCCCAGCUACACCAAAUCAACAAUAAUGAGGACCGAAAGCUGCUGGCUUCAUACCUCCCCACUGCCGUGCCAGACAAAGCACAAGCCAGUGCCUGUUCUGGGCUUAAGAAAGGAUUUGAGGUGGUUGAAAAGCUGAACGGAAAAGCUCACGGCUCGGUGAUGAUUGUAGUGAGUGGUGGAGCCAAUGAGCCCAUCAACGACUGCUUGCUCACAGCGCUAAGCAGCGGCUCCACCAUUCAUUCCAUUGCCCUGGGUUCCUCUGUAGAUGGAAAACUGGAGGAAUUAUCACAGCUGACAGGAGGUUUAAAGUUCUUCAUCCCAGAUAACUCAAACUCCAACAGCAUCAUUGAUGCUUUCAGUAGAAUCUCUGCUGGAAAUGGAGACAUUUUUCAGCAAAGUCUUCAGCUGGAAAGUACCAGUGAAACUGUGGGGCCUCGUCACCAGCUGAACUGCACUGUGGCUCUGGAUGACAGCGUGGGCAAUGCCACGGUUUUUCUAGUCACGUGGCAGAACAGCAGUCCCCCCGAGAUUGCAUUAUUUGAUCCUAGUGGGAGAAAAUACAACAUGAGUGAUUUUAGCAUCGACCUGGCUGUCCAGACGGCCAGCCUUCGGAUUCCUGGAACCGCUAAGCCUGGAAACUGGAUUUAUACUCUGAACAAUACCCACCAUGCUCCUCAAGCUGUGAAAGUGACCAUGGCCUCUCGCGCCUCCAACCCCACGGUGCCUCCAGCCACUGUGGACGCCUUUGUUGAAAGGGACAGCACUUAUUUUCCCCACCCGGUGACAGUUUAUGCCAUUGUGAGAAAAGGGUUGUAUCCCAUUCUUAAUGCUACAGUCAUGGCUACAGUCGAGCCAGAAGCUGGGGAUUCUGUCAUACUGAAGCUUUUGGAUAAUGGAGCAGGUGCUGAUGUUAUAAAAAAUGAUGGAGUUUACUCCAGGUAUUUUUUCUCCUUUGCUGUAAAUGGUAGAUAUAGCUUGACAGUGCAUGUCCGUCACUCACCCAGCAUAAGCACACUAGCCCACUCUGUCCCAGGAAGCCAUGCUAUAUAUGUGCCAGGUUACAUAGCAAACGAUAAUGUUCAGAUGAAUGCUCCAAAAAAGUCAGGGCACAGGCUUGAGGAGAAACAGCAGUGGGGCUUCAGCCGAGUGUGCUCUGGGGGUUCCUUUACAGUGUCGGGAGUUCCAGCCAGCCCCCAUCAUGACAUGUUUCCACCAUGCAAAAUCAGUGACCUGGAAGCUGUCAGAGUGGAAGAGGAAGUGGUCCUGUCGUGGACAGCUCCUGGAGCUGACUUUGAUCAGGGCCAGGCUACAAGCUAUGAAAUAAGAAUGAGCAGAAGUCUACAGCAUAUUCAAAAUGACUUCAGCAGUGCCAUCUUAGUGAACACAUCAGAACUAAGUCCUCAGCAAGCUGGUACCAGAGAGAAGUUUACGUUCUCACCCAAACUCAUCACAAGCAGACCUGAACAUCAACCUGAUGGAGAAAUGCAAGAAAACCACAGAAUUUAUGUGGCCAUUACAGCAAUGGAUGAGAAUUCCCUAAAGUCAGCUGUGUCAAACAUUGCCCUAGUAUCUCUGUUUAUUCCCCCAAACUCUGCUCCUACACCCAGCAGAGAUCAUCUUAUUCUAAAAGGAGUUUUAACAGCAUUGAGUUUGAUAGGAAUAGUUUGCCUUAUUAUUGUUGCAAUACAUUGUACUUUAGACAGGAAAAAGAGAAUGUUAAAGAAAGAGAAUGGGAGAAAAUUACUAUGA